GGAGGCUCUCGUCCGCUAUCGAGCCAGAACAGGAGAGCUGCAGCCUGCCCUGAACUGCUGGAAAGGGGGGAGGAAAGAGAAAGAGUAGGGCACAGAAGCAAAACACCUCGAUGCCACCGUGGCCAGGCUGCUUCCCCAGCAAGCAGGUAUAAGGAAAUGCUAGAUCUAGUGAUAUCACCCAGCCUGACUGUAAAUAAAGAGUGCCCUGACAGACUGAAGCUUAACCUUACUAACAUUUAUGCCACGGCUCCAGAUGACAUAGAAGGUAAGUCAAAGCAAUCUUUUCAUAGCAAGUAUGAAGUUGAGUCAGGCAACAGUAAAGCAGCACCACAGUGUCCUCUCCAUCUUUACUCAACAAAACAUUAUCCCCAUAUAGUGACAGUCCAGUCUUUCCCAACAAUGGCAACAUAUGGACAGACUCAGUACAGUGCAGGAAUCCAACAGGCUGCUGCAUACACUGCCUACCCUCCUCCAGCGCAGCCCUACGGCAUACCUUCCUACAGCAUCAAAACAGAGGACAGCUUGAGCCAUUCCCCAGGACAGAGUGGGUUUCUUAGUUAUGGAUCCAGUUUCAGUACCCCGACUGCUGGACAAGCACCGUAUACCUACCAGAUGCAUGGCACAACAGGGAUUUACCAGGGAGCCAAUGGCCUGACAAAUUCUGCUGGAUUCAGUGCUGUGCAUCAGGAAUAUUCAUCAUACCCAAGCUUUCCUCAAAGCCAGUACUCACAGUAUUACAGUUCCUCCUACAACUCUCCCUACAUGUCCACAAACAGCAUCAGCCCUUCAGCCAUCCCAACCUCCACUUAUUCUCUGCAGGAGUCUUCUCACAACAUCACCAGUCAGAGCACAGAAUCGCUGUCUGGAGAAUAUGGAACAACACCAGCAAAAGAUAUAGAAACAGACAGACAUCACAGAGGGUCGGAUGGCAAGGUACGAGCCCGAUCAAAAAGAAGCAACGAUCCUUCCCCCACUGCUGACAGUGAGAUUGAGCGUGUAUUUGUGUGGGAUUUGGAUGAGACGAUAAUUAUUUUUCACUCCUUACUCACGGGAACCUUUGCAUCCAGAUAUGGGAAGGACACGACAACGUCUGUGCGGAUAGGUCUUAUGAUGGAAGAAAUGAUCUUCAACCUUGCAGAUACACAUCUGUUCUUUAAUGACCUGGAGGACUGUGACCAGAUCCACAUAGAUGAUGUAUCAUCAGAUGACAAUGGUCAAGAUCUAAGCACGUAUAACUUCUCUGCAGAUGGCUUUCACAGUUCAGCUGCCAGUGCAAAUCUAUGUCUGGGCUCAGGCGUUCAUGGGGGAGUUGACUGGAUGAGGAAAUUAGCAUUCCGCUACCGUCGGGUGAAAGAGAUGUACAACACCUACAAAAACAAUGUUGGGGGUUUAAUAGGAGCUCCUAAGAGGGAAACCUGGCUGCAGUUAAGAGCAGAACUCGAAGCGCUGACUGAUCUCUGGCUCACACAUGCUCUGAAGGCACUGAAUUUGAUACAUUCCCGGCCUAACUGUGUAAAUGUGUUGGUAACCACAACUCAACUGAUACCAGCUCUGGCAAAAGUGCUUCUCUAUGGACUAGGCACUGUCUUCCCAAUCGAAAACAUCUACAGUGCAACAAAAACAGGAAAAGAGAGCUGUUUUGAAAGAAUAAUGCAAAGGUUUGGAAGGAAAGCCGUGUACAUUGUAAUAGGAGAUGGUGUUGAAGAGGAACAGGGGGCAAAAAAGCACAACAUGCCAUUCUGGAGAAUCUCUUGUCAUGCUGACCUGGAAGCUCUUCGGCACGCCUUGGAACUUGAAUAUUUGUAGCAGACCCCAACAUCUUAGCACUGUGAGGGCUUCACUCAAACUGUUACAUCGGUUCCACCUAUUCCUCAGCAUUUUCUUAUUAAAAAAUCCCACAGCAACUGCAGUUUUUCUUUUUUUGAAGGAGAACCCUUUCAGUGGAAGCCUCUAAGGACUUGCAGCCAAAGAACAUUCUAUCAACUCCUUCCUUUGAACAGAGGAAAAGCCUUCAGAUAACUCUGGGGACCCUGCAGUUACAUGCUUAAGCUGGGUGCACAGAGCCGUAAAUACCCUUUGGCCAUCAACAAGAACCCCCAGAAGCCUUGGGUCUACUUGUCAGUUUUCUUGCUUUUCAAAGGGGAAGAGGAAAUAUUAAAGACUGUGAGCAUACUCUGUGCAUAAUACAUCAUAUCACGUCGGACCUUCUGCAAAUAAGAGUGAAACUGUUGAUUUUUUUGUUUGUAUUUUUUUUUAAUUUAUGAACUAAUCUCAUUACUCUGGUAUUAAGCUCUGUACCUGUGUUUUUAAUCUGGCUUUUUGGGGUGGGUGGGUGGGGAAAAUCCUGCCAUUCUAAAUUAAGAAUUCAUUCUUCCAGGACAGUAUCUGGAGAAAAUCAUAUUGUGUACAUUUAUAAUAAGGACACAUGGGACUAUUGGUAAGAACUAUAGCUGCAUUUUUAAAUCUUACAUGGAUGGUCUGUGGAUUGUGCAUGUGUCUACACGGUGCCUUAUGCUGCCAUCUCAGUUUGGGUGGGAAAAAAGUACCCUGUGAUGAGUGAAAGGCAUUAAAUAAAAAAGAAAGUUUACA